GGUGCGCUUAGUGCGCAUGUGCGGAAGAGCAGACAGCGCUCGGGAGUCCAGUGCCGAGAGCUGCCGGCUGCUGGGAGGCAGUGAUCGUGUGUGCGACCGUCCGACCGUUCGUCUGUCCUUCGGCAAAGGUCUUCGCUCAUCUCCUCGUCCUGGCGUUAAAGAAGCUGUUUUAGUUCAGACGCAGAGAGUGACAGCAGGACAGAGGUGGAGUCACACAGUCAAAAGAGCAGGCUGGCCACAGACCCCCCUCUUCUGAGGAACCCCUCCUAAUGGCCAGCGGAGGAAGUACUGAAGAUGACCCCCCACAGCAGACGAAGAUCUGCCAGUUCAAGUUGGUGCUGCUGGGAGACAUGGCAGUGGGCAAGUCCAGCCUGGUUUUGCGCUUCGUGAAGGGCCAUUUUGACGAGUUCCAAGAGACCACCAUCGGAGCUGCAUUUCUGGCACAGUCAGUGUGUCUAGAUGACACAACCAUCAAGUUCGAGAUCUGGGACACUGCAGGGCAGGAGCGCUAUCACAGUCUGGCUCCCAUGUAUUACCGAGGUGCUCAGGCCGCCAUCGUGGUGUUCGACAUCACCAAGCCGGAGACAUUUGAGCGUGCCAAGGCUUGGGUGAAGGAGCUCCAAAGGCAGGCCAACCCCAGCAUCGUUAUCGCCCUGGCAGGGAACAAAGCUGACCUGGCUGAUCGGCGCAUGGUGGAGUACGAGGAGGGUCAGGCCUACUCGGAAGAUGCUGGCCUUCUGUUCUUGGAGACUUCCGCAAAGACCGCCAUGAAUGUCAAUGAGCUGUUCCUGGCUAUUGCCAAGAAGAUGCCAAAGAUGGACACCCAGAACCCCACGCAUGCUGCUUGGCACAGGGGGGUGAACCUUCAGGAGCCGAAUGGCCAGCCUUUUUGGGGCUGCUGUGCUAGCUAAUGGGGCUGUACUGCAGGGCACUGCUCCAGGCCCCAAGCCUGCUGCAGCCUGAGGGAACGAUCCCGAGCGGCUGGGAAUGCCGUCUUUGGGAAGCAUCUCUAGGAAGUGGUGGAAAUUCCAAAGGACAAUAAGAAAAUAAAAUGUCCUGCUAUUUUGUGUAUUAUCUAGCACCAUUGAGAGGUGAGGGACAAAAUGACGCUUUGUGAACCAUUUGCUGUAUGUUUUGACCCCACUAGAUGGUGCUCUUGGUUUGCUUGGGAGCAUGCUUUGGGAGCAUGCUUUGCGUUUAGCGCCAUCUAGUAGUGGGGACAAAAAAUACAGCAAGUGUUUCAUAAAGCAUCAUUUUCUUCCUUCACUAGUUUUUAGUAUGUACAUUUAAGUAACAGCCUUUUUUUAAAAUACGAAGCACUGCUGAUGAGUGACAGAGGUGGAGGGAAUGUUGUUUAGUUUUAGUCCAGGCGAUGGAGUACAAGGAGAAGGCAUCAAGGUGGCUCAAACUCUGGUUAGUUUAAAGUCUAAAUGGUUGCUCCCACUAUAUGAAGGACCCGACAGGACUACCCCAUUUCUUGCAUCAGACACAGAGUCAAGCUAGAAACACUUAAAAUACCUGUUUGUGAGUUUCCUGAUCUCUUCCACCUCUUCUACUAGUUGAUGAGGUGGAAGCCUGACCCCCCAUGCAGAACAUAGCUACAGCAUUCCUGGAGGACCGCACACUUUUUUUUUGUCGGCCUCCAGUGCUGGUUCUGACCCUGUCUUUUCCAAGUCAUGGUUAUGUGUGUCCAGGCGGACCUACAUGCUUCUGUGGAUCAGCUUCUACGCAUCUUCUCCUUUUGGAAUGUUAAUUUACAGUGACAUUAUAUAUGAUACUGUGUGAAUAUUAUAACAUUAUUAUGAUAAUACUAAUAUAAUAAGCAAUAUUGAAUAAAGCAGGGAAUUGUAUUGUUCUAUAUUUAAGGUGAAAGGGUUGAGUAACAUGCAUUUUAUCCACCGAUCCAGUCAACCUAAUCAAUAGCCGACAGAUACGUUCCCACAGGGAGCUGAGCUGUGGGUUUCGAAGGCUGGCUGGGGAGUACAGUCUGGUGACACCUAUAAACAGCAGCUGAGAUCACCUUCAAUCUCACCUAGAAAUCUGUUGUGCUUCAGCACUUUUCGGCAUGUUUGUCAUACAACCUUGAGCAGGAUGAGAGGAUGGUUGAGAAGGGCAAUAGGUGCAGAGAGUAUAGUGGUGCGAAUUGUGAGGUUCUCUCUUUGUAUGAGGAAGCUCAAAGCAUGUAAGCAGUUGAGUUUUUUUUUGGGGGGGGCUGCUUUGGUAAUGUCCAUUUUGGCACAAUCCACAAAGGACAAUGCAGGGAUAUUUGAUGCACUAAAUCCAAACUUUACCCCUCAACAGAAGGUGCCGCUUCAUAGAUAAAUAUUUCAUUGUAUAUCUGGGUGGUAGGAGGGUUCGGAGGGGCAUGACACUCCCGCAUGUUGGACGGACCUUUGUGAAUACAUGAAGGAAAGUAAAAAUAUGGGGACAGAAAGAACUUGUUUUGGUCACUCUGAACCUUAAGCCAGGAAUUUGACACCAUCUCACACCAAGGCACCAUGAUGCAGCUAAAACUUAGACCUGAAAAAGGUUUACCAUACGAUGGCUAUUUGACGGACUUUUUAUCAGGCUGCUUUCUUCAUUGUUCUAUGAGCUACUGGGCAACAGCUAGAAAAAUACCUUAAUAUAUUAUUAACUGUAUUUUUGACAAUGUAUGGCCAGUGAUUAAUUGUGCAUCUCUGUAGUGAGUAUAGGGUGACCACGAGCAUGACUAAAAAGGAACACACUUGUGUUCAAAAAGGAGGACACCUGCGUCCAAAAAGGAGGACUAUGGAUGAAAAAGGAGGACACCUGCGUCCAAAAAGGAGGACUAUGGAUGAAAAAGGAGGACACCUGCGUCCAAAAAGGAGGACUAUGGAUGAAAAAGGAGGACACCUGUGUCCAAAAGAGAGGAAUAAGGCUCACGAAGAGUGUAUCACAACAAUUAUCUUGCUAUCUCUAAAGAAUGGCAUUAACAAUAUUUGAAAGCAUGGCUGUUCUCGGCUUGUAUAGUAUGUGUUUUUCGUGCGAUUAGGGGUUGGAGAGAGCAGCACUAGUUGUUGACGAGGAGGUAGGUAGGGGGAGGGAAAAAGGGGCUAAAAGGAGACACCCAACAGCAGUCUGGGUAGAGGGUGAGAAAACCGGAUUGUCCAGAAAUCCGGGCAAGUGGUCAUGCUAAGUGAGCAUCAUCUUGCUUCUGCUAAACCCCUGAUUUAUAACACACAAUACCAGCAUUGAGCCAUGUAGUACAUGGCAUGGCCAGAAGGUGGCACCAAUGACCAGCCUAGUCCUCAAAUAGUGUGCAUCCAUUCUCCCAAUCAUGUAUCUAGGUUUGCUUUUGCUACUUUCAUAAUCCUGAGGCUGGUAAAACUGAAUAUGGUGGGGGCACCGCACAGCACUAUGAAACAACUCUGGCAGCCGCUCACCCACACAGAUGGCCACCAUGAAGAUCUCCAGGUUCGCGAUUCUUAAGGAAAAAGGGGUGCAAUAAGCAGGGUUCCUACACACUUUCCAUUUUAAAAUUCGAUACACAGUUACUCAAAGUCGACAUGUGAAAAUCAAAAUAAGAUUCCAGUUUUUAAGAACACUGUGUGCUGAAGAAGUUGCUGAUCCCAAGAGAUGAUUUGUGAAUGAUCCUUCACUUGAUAUGAACAUGGCAUUCUGGAUAGGGGCAUUUUCUGCACACCCACUGCAUUCAACACUAUCAGCUCAGUAGUCAACAAGACUACAGAAAGGGCUCUUCACACACCAGAUAGAAACCUCCACCAUAUUUCCUGGCCUGUAACGAUGCAGCAAGAUGACCAGAGGGAGCAUCCACAUCAAGACCUAAACUGGAAAGCCCAUGUACUGCCGGUGCAGUGCGGACAGCGAGAUGUGCUUCCAAACCAGAAAAUGCAGCCUGAGCCCCGCGAGAGACAAACAGAGAAGGCGGGAAGGGGACCGUGCCGGGGACCAUUUAAAGAUAUAUUUAACGGUCUGCCUUCAUUAUACUUCUUUCACCUUAUAUUUGCAUUUAUGUCAGUAUCAGUUCCUGUCCUUCCCUGGUCCAUGUGAACAGCAGUUGAACAUGGGUGAGUUGGUCAUUGUGGCUGUUUGCCCUGUGUUAACGGUGUUCAGUGGUUACCCCAUAGUUACUGUGUAUUAGUUCCUGUGUCAUUAGCGUUUGACCCCUUGCUUGGUACCCACGAGUUCCUAGUUUUAGUUUUAGUUGUCCUUGUGGUUAGUUUGUUACUUCAUGUUUGUCCUGUUUAGUUUUGAGCCCUUGCAGGAAACCUUUCCUUUCCUGUACUCUAUGUUCUAUUUGUUAAUACACCCCUUUUUCUGAGAGUCGUUACUUGGAUCGUCCCUCCUUCGUGAUGCCCUGCCAUGACACAUUUAACUGCUUACCUUCUUAUCCAAUCAAAUUAUAUGAGCUAAUGUAUCAACAAAUAAACACUACCCAUUUGAACAGCUUCAGAAAUGUGUACCACAUGUGUACAAGACAGGACUGAACAAGGCAAUUUUAUUGUUUUAAGGAUAAGAAAUGUGAUUUCACGCCCCUGGUGGAAUGUUAUGGAUAUACAGUGGAAUAGCAUUAAACUUGAAAAACCCAGUGUCAAGGCUUUUCUUCAUACUCCAAAUAGCACUAUCUGCAACCUUCUAUCAUACCCUGUCCCUGUUCAAAGACUCAAAGACUCAGUAUCAAAGGCCCAUUCUCAUUUACACACACAAGGCAUGUGUCAACCUGAAACAAACUUUAUUUAUUUGUUUAUUUGUUAGUGCCAUACAUGGCAUAGAGACGGUCAGAGGCCCCUGGGCUAUUUGAGUUGCCCCCUAUUUUCUUUGAUGAUGUAGCUCGUUAGUGAUGGUGACAGUGCUACAGGUUGCAUCAAAUCCAGAAAAAAAAACAAAAAUAACAAAAAAUAGGAAAUAACAAAAAAUUAGGUAACAUUUUACUUGAGGACAAAUAAUAUCGUAUGAACUAUUAAUCUUUUAGUUAUGUAUUAAUUAACCACAAAGUCUUAGUUGCAUAAAGAUCUCAUGUUUGUUCAUCAUUAAUGAAUUGUGAUGCAUCUAUUAUCUCAAGCACUAUAUUUGGCAUAAUAUCUGUUAAAUUGUGAGCUACUGAAGGGGCUAAUGAUGGAACAAAUAAUGAUUAAGAAAGGUGAAAUACUGAUCUCAUGUUCGAUCCUCAGUAAUGAAUCAUGAUGUAUCUUUUAUCUGAAGUACAGUCAAACCUCGGAUUGCGAGUAACUUAGUUUGCAAGUGUUUUGCAAGACGAGCAAAAUUUUAAAAUUAAUUUUACCUUGAUAAAUGAGCGAGGGCUUGCAAUACGAGUAUUACGUAUACGCUUUACCUGCCUAGCAUCACGUGAUCACAACUGAGCCGAUGGUUCUUCUCUUUCUCGCUGUGGGAUUGUGGGUAAUCGUCUCCCAUGUUCGGUCUCAAUCAGCGUGCUUCACUCGUGUAGUCAAAAUUUAGUAGAAAAGCACCACCCGAAUAAGGGUGUAGCAGUGCGAGCGAUGAAUCUGUUUAACGAAAAUGCAAUGUCCACAUUUCCGCGAAAUGGAAAAGGAGGCAAAAGCGGCUGUCAGUAGAUGAGUUUUUUUUU